GUAAUCUGUUUUUGAUGACAAAAUGAGAUUAUAUUUUGUUUUCAACUUCUGUGAAUAUAUUUAUAUUGUUUAAUAAUAAUUUAUUUUUAAAAAGAUAUUUUUUAUAAGUCAGAUUGUCAACAAUUAUAACAUCAAGAUGUCAAUAGAUUUGAGUGAAGUUUUUGAACAGAAGCUACAUUCAAUAAAGUACAAAGGGAAAGAUAGUCUACAAUCAUCUGGUAACUCAACCGCUGAUUCGCUUGGAGCUUUACUGUCCUCUUUAUCGUCCAAGAGCUCAUUUCAACGUAAUACUAAACAGUUUAAAGAAUUAAGCUUACGAGCUAAAAAUUUGGUCGAAACCAUUGCUGACAUGAAAAAAUUUCUCAUCGAGAGGAGAAGAGAUUAUAUUGACAUGUUCAGUUCACUAUCUAAUCAGGCAUCCAACAUGAGUGACAUGGAAAGAGAUCAGAUUGAUCAAGAUAUGGUGGAAUCUAUGAAGAAUUGUCAAACCAAAAUUGAAUCCCUUAAAGCUGAUAUUAAGAAAAAAGGCUCCCGAAUGAGUGUUCAAAGACGUGAUACCAUGACUGCCAUCAUUGAAUCUAUUGAAACUUAUUUAAAAGUUGUUUGUGAUUUAUUUUCUGACCUUCGUGCUUUUCGAAUUAGAAGGAUUACCGAUAAACAAAAGCUCGCGCGAUUGGACCGUGAUUUAUUCAACAAAGAACCGUAUCCAGAUGAUUUUAUUUAUAUCCGUGAUAUAGAAAAUGACGAAUUCAUUGAUGCUUAUAAAGACGAUCCUGUAUCAUCUUUAGACAAAAACGGGGCUUCGUCUUUUAAUGAGGAUUUAGAUUAUUCUUCAAAUUACGACGUUGGUCAGUUUACCGAAGAAGAAUUACAAAUCUUCGAGAAGGAAAAUGAUAAACUUUUCGCUGAUAUUAAUCUUCUCGAAGCUGAAACAAAGCAAAUCGAAGGAAAUGUUUAUGAAAUUGCCCAGCUACACAAAACUUUCCAACAAAACUUUCUACAACAAGAUGAAGAAAUACAGCGAGUCCAUGGAACAGCAGUUGAAACAAGCUCAAAUAUUCGAGUUGGAAAUGAAGAACUGAGGUCUGCAAUCAAAAACAAAGGACAACUUAGAAUAUGGAUUCUUUUUGUCAAUAUCGUUCUUUCGUUUACCUUGUUUUUUCUUGAUUGGUACAACCCUUGAUAUUAUCGUUCGUAACUUCUUCAAGCCAAUCAAAAUCAAACCUAUUACCAUCAAUCAUUGUUAUCAAUUCUUUCACCUACUGAUGAGGCAAAAAAAACUUGUGAAUCUCUAUCAAUUCUAAGGAAUGGCAUCAAAAGCAAUACCAUUUAAUUUGUUAAUGAAUUUCUUAAUUUAUACCAGUAAUUGAGGAAAAUUUUCUCAAAUUUUUAUCUUUCCAACACAUCUCUCCAUCUUUUAACUCGUUUAAUAGCAUGGCGGCUGUUCUGUGAAUUGUCUGUGAUUCUUCAUCAAUAUAUUUUCUCAUCAUUCCUCUCAAUAUUUUACUCUGGUCAUGCUUCCCAUUAUCUAUUGCUGUGCUAUCUAAGUGCAUCGCCAUCAACAUAAUUUGUCUAUUGAAUUAUUUUACUAUGGAAACCUGUUUUACAUGUUUAGUCAAGGCUACUAGCUCAAACAGCUCAAAUAACCAUCAGAGAUGUAUGACUCUUCAUCUAGUUGGCCAUAUUGAUAUAGCAUCUCAAAAUGAGAUAAUCAAAUCCAGAUCGGAGUAAUCGCCCAUGGAUUUAUAAAAAAUUUCCGUAAAUAAGAAUCUAAUGGUUUAGGUUUGGAAUCUAAAUUUAAUCUUACUAUUUUAACAAGCUGCAGUUAGCAAAAAAUAUUGAGCGAAUGCGAUGAUCUAAGUUGGUUCUCGAAAAUAAUUUAAACUCUUAAUUUAAAACCUGAUUAUAUUUGAGUAAAUGAUACAAAACUGAAUUACUGUCUGAACUAGUCGUUAUGACGAAGACGUUACCAUGAAAACAUUACUAGAGGGAGUUUCCCGGGCUUCCUUGUUUAUGCAACUAAUAGACUCAUUGCCUAUGCAUACAAAGUAUACAUGUUAUGCAAAAAGGUCGAGAAAGCUCACCGGAAAAUUAUUUUUAUGCCUCUGGCUUCGAUCUUUACAAAAUAUAUUAUGUAAUUUCAUUCAAAACAACCAUUAAUUGCAGUUGAGUACCUUUUAAUAAAAGUUUUACUUGAUCGGUGUAAUUAAUCCAAGUCUUUCCUCAAAAGUAUCCUUAAAUCGUUGUAUCUUUAUUUCUCUGGUUAAAUAAACACAAUUAAUAAACUCA